UUACAUAUAUUCCUCUUUCGUGCACCAUCUCUUUACAUUCCCUGAAGAGGCAAUUAUCGUCGCAUUUCUCUCUUAACAAUCUCUCCCAUUUCAAUUCUCUUCUUGGAACUUGUAGAAUCAUCUAUUUCUACAGCCAUGGCUUCCGAGAACUUCAGCGACAAAAACGCUGUUUUCCGGAAGCUCAAAUCCAAGCCCGAUAACAAGAUGUGUUUCGAUUGCAAUGCUAAGAAUCCUACUUGGGCAUCUGUGACAUAUGGGAUCUUCUUGUGUAUUGAUUGUUCGGCAGUUCAUCGCAGCCUUGGCGUUCACAUCAGUUUUGUUAGAUCGACAAAUUUAGAUUCGUGGUCUCCAGAGCAGUUAAAAAUGAUGUACUUUGGUGGAAAUAACCGUGCUCAAGUUUUUUUCAAGCAGCAUGGAUGGAACGAUGGAGGCAAGACUGACUCCAAGUAUACCUCAAGGGCUGCUGACUUGUAUAGGCAGUUACUCUCAAAAGAAGUUGCUAAGAGUACUGCAGAGGAAGCAGCUUUGCCAGCAUCUCCUGUUGCUUCUCAGGCUGCAGAGGCUACUAACGUAUUUCCGGAUAUUAAGACUAGUGAACCUUCAAAAGAAACGUCUUCAUUGAAGGACGAAAAAACCGAGGUUACUGCUUCACCCAAAGCCUCUCAAGUUGUUAGCACCUUUCUUAAGAAACCUACAGUUGCGAAGAAAGCUGGGAAGUCUGGUGGACUUGGAGCUCGCAAACUUACUCAGAAGCCUAGUGAAAGUCUCUAUGAGCAGAAGCCUGAAGAACUGCCUGUUCAAGUUUCCUCCUCCAAUGCUGCAAUUAAUGCACCAACUGUUGGUUCAUCAUUCGCAUCUCGUUUUGAGUACACAGACAAUGUCCAACCUGCUGAGACGAGUUCUGGAGGCUCUCGUGUUCUUAACCAUGUGGCCCCUCCGAAGUCCUCCAGUUUUUUUUCAGAUUAUGGGAUGGACAGUAGUUUCACAAAGAAGACGAGUUCCAAUUCUUCAAAAGUUCAAAUUGAGGAAACUGAUGAAGCAAGGAAGAAGUUUUCUAAUGCCAAAUCCAUUUCAUCUGCUCAAUUCUUUGGUGAUCAGAGUAAAGCUGAUAGGGAAGCCUCAGUUUCUCUACAGAAAUACUCGGGUUCAAGCGCCAUUUCUAGUGCUGACCUCUUUGGUCAAGAUGAUGGGACAGCUUUUGACAUUACUGCUGGAGAACUUAUUAAUAGGCUCUCUUUCCAGGCGCAACAGGAUAUGUCCUCUAUCAAAAAUAUGGCUGGAGAAACUGGAAAGAAGCUUUCCUCCUUAGCAUCCAAUUUGAUGUCUGAUCUUCAAGACAGAAUCCUGUGAGGAGACUGUAAUGAAAUGGAGAUGACAGUAUCUACAUAUUGCUUGUAGAGGUGAUAAAAGUACGACAUUUUUCAGAACUAGAAUUCUAGGGGCUCUUGAGAAGCUUUGGUAUCUUAUUUUAUAGCUUAAAGAUAUGUCUUUUCAAAUUUCCUAAUGUAAUUUUUUUUUUUUUGGGGGGGAGGGGGUUGCUUUUUACUCUUAUUCUUGCCCAAGGCUCAUAGAUGUUUGUGAGUCGAAUUUUUUGCUCUGUAUUAUGUGCUGUUAGAGUUGAAAUAGAAAUCAUCGACUUGUAAUCUACCAAAAAACUGUUUUCUUUUAUGUGCGCAAAAAAUAGAAUAUGGUCUCUGACUUUUCUUUGA